AUGGAGGGUCUCCAGCUCCGGGCCUCCAGCGAGCACAGACUCUUCCGGCUCUCCAGCAUGGAAGUGAAGGUGAUCCACGUGGUCCUGCUGGUCUUCUUCCUGCUCUCCGUUGCCAUGACCAGCUGCUUCCUAUGGCAGUACAGCCUUCCUAAGCUGGAGCCCAGCCCAGCAGUGAUGGAGGUCAAGCCAGAAGCAGUGCAGAUGUGCCCCCGUUUCCCGGAUCCCGUCCCUCUGGACCACCCAAUCCCAAUCCUGAAGGAUGCUCUGGAAAAGGUGGACACGCUUCUUCGCCAGAAAAUCCACAGCCCUGGCCUGCCAACCCUGUCGGCCAUUGUCAUCUACAACGACACGGUGCUGUGGACGGGCAACUUUGGGAAACGCAAUGGCUCCGACCCCUUCUCUGGCAUCCCAAAUGAGUACACCAUCUACAGAAUUGCGAGUGUCUCCAAGAUCUUUCCCACCAUCAUGCUGUACAAGCUGUGGGAGGAAGGGAAGGUGACCUCACUGGAUGACCCGCUAGAACGCUACGUCCAGAGCUUCUCGAUCAAGAACCCGCUGGGGCGGCUCAAAGAGCCUGAGCAGCGGUACUCCACGGAUGGGCUUAUCUUCCUGGAGAAGGGGGCGCUGCCUCUCAAGCCGUCUCCUGUGACCCUGCGGAGAAUGGCCAGCCAGCUCUCCGGUUUGCCCAGGCGGCUGCGCUCCACGACUCUGUUAUGGAAGGGAACCACCCAAGAAGCACUGGCCCUCCUGAAGGAUGAUGUCCUUGUGAAUGACCCAGGAACCAGGUGCCAUUACAGCAACUUGGCUUUCUCGCUGAUGGCGCAUGUGCUUGCUGAACAUGCUGCUGAAGGCGAGUACCAGCGAUGGGUCUCAGAGAAUAUUCUCGACCGUCUGGGGAUGGAGGACACAGGCUUUGACAUCACACCUCCCAUCCGUUCUCAGAUGGCUGUUGGCUUCUACAGCAGCGGACAACCUGCUCCCCUCUAUGACCUGGGCUGGUACAGGCCCUCUGGACAGAUGUACUCCACAGCGGCUGACCUGGCCAAGCUGGCCAUGGUGAUCCUGGGCACUUACCACCGGCGUCUCCUGGAGCCUGACACCGUCAAGACCAUGUUGACGCCCCUCUUCAAGUGCUCCAGCGAGUACUUUGCCAACAAGACCGGCACCCCCUGGGAGAUCAACGAGCAGCUGGGCUAUGACAUCAUCAGGAAAGAUGGCGACCUGGAUGGCUACUCGGCCACCUUCUCCCUGGUCCCCAAGCUCCGCUUGAGCUUCAUCGUGCUGAUGGCUGGUCCUCGCCCUGCCGGAGGAGACAUUGUUGCCCAGACGUAUGAGCACCUGAUCCCUGCCAUGGAAUCCGCCUUCCGUGAAGCGGAGAAGAACCUCAGUCCUCCCCCGAGUCCCACCCCCUACAUUGGCUACUACACCUACUCCAACCUGACUUUCUACGAGAUCAAGGUUGGUGGAGCCGGGGUCCUUGUCAUGCAGCAGUUUGGGCCGCACAUCGAGGAGCUGAUCCCCGAGAACUAUCGGACCAUCAGAUUGCACCACCUCGAGGACCGUGUCUUCCAGGUGGUGCUUGAUAAGGAAUUUCCAUGCACCCUGCGCUUGGGAUCAGCCUCAGUUUCCCUGGAGACCCAGGAUGGGCAGCUGUUUAAUUUCUACCCUUUCGACCGGAAGGGCUUGUCCCCGGGCUUUGAUGCUCCCGGCCUGAACACUUACAACGUCCUGCGAAUCCACCGGAAGCCCGUGUUCUACAGUUAA